AUGAGGCUCAUCAUCAGAGAUGACGCCGAGGCUGCCAGCCUCUACGUGGCCAACUACAUCAUCGAUAGGAUCAAGCACUAUUCUCCCACACCGGCCAACCCCUUUGUCCUGGGGCUCCCCACUGGAUCCAGUCCGCUCGGCGUCUACAGGAUCCUCGUGGAGAGGUACAAGGCUGGAGAGAUCUCUUUCGAAAAUGUCGUCACAUUCAACAUGGCGAGUCCAGGCGAUGAGUACAUCGGCAUCCCGCGGGACCAUCCCGAAAGCUAUCACAGCUUCAUGUGGAAGCACUUCUUCUCGCACGUCAACAUCCACCCGAGCCGCGUGCACAUUCUUGACGGCAACGCUCCCGACCUCGAGGCCGAGUGCGUUGGCUACGAGGCCAAGAUCCGCGCUGCAGGCGGCAUCGACCUGUUCCUGGCCGGCAUCGGCGAGGACGGCCACAUCGCCUUCAACGAGCCCGGGUCCAGCCUAGCCUCGCGCACCCGCGUCAAGACGCUGGCUUACGACACCAUACUGGCCAACAGCCGCUUCUUCGGCAACGACCUCACCCAAGUUCCUCGCAUGGCCCUGACCGUCGGUGUCCAGACGGUUCUCGAGGCCCGCGAGGUCAUCGCCAUCAUCCUCGGCGCCCGCAAGGCCCUUGCCCUCCAGCGCUGCGUCGAGCAGGGCGUCAAUCACAUGUGGACCCUCUCCUCCCUGCAGCUCCAUCCACAUCCCAUGAUCGUCUGCGACGAGGAUGCUACUCUUGAGCUCCAGGUCAAGACGGUGAAGUACUUCAAGAGCAUCGAGCAAGUAGCCUGUGCCCAGGGCUUCGAGCAGAUCUUGCCGUCUAGGAUGCGGACAGGCCCCCGGCAAGCGACAACAUCGACGCCACCGGCAUCGCCUAAGACCAUCAUCACCCCUUCCGUCGAGCCCGCCGAGGACGUAACGCCCGAGUCUCCGACCAUCUUCGCCCCGCAGCCAAUCACCUCGCAGUUGCUGCGUCCCCAAACUCCCGCCGCCGAGUACCCCGUCCGGUCCGUGUCACCUGAUCUCGUGCCGGACCGCAUGGCAUCUCGUAUCCCCGACCCACGAUUUACCCGACGCUUGACCCCGAAUCCCGAGCAGCAGCAGAUGGCCGCCCUCGUCCUUGGCGCUUAA